AUGAAUAAAGACUGGCAUAGCGAUCAUUUUUGUUGUUGGCAAUGUGAUGGACAGUUAACUGGUCAACGUUAUAUUUUGCGAGAUGAACAUCCUUAUUGCAUUAAAUGUUACGAGGAAAUAUUUUCUAAUGUUUGUGAUGAAUGUCAAAAACAUAUAGGAAUUGAUUCAAAGGUAAAAGGAUUAUAG